GAAAGAGAGAAAGAAACUGUAUCAGAGGGUGGUGUUUCUCCUGGGGCUGAAGGAGCAGGAGGAUUCUAAUAAAAUGAUGGCCAUGGAGACAGAGUGCAUGUUGGCAGAAUCUGAGAGGUAGGCUAGAUGGACCAGCGAGAGAGAGACCUACACCUUAUCAGUGGCUCUGACUGCUGUGGCCAGCAAGCAAAAGUUGCUAUGGGAGCUGAAGAGCCAGGCAGAAAAAUGGAUGGUGUCAGGUGGGUCUUCUCAAGGCAGCGGCACUGAGUGAACUCCCAUUGUUUUCAAAACAUGGAUGAUUAGGGAUGAAUGGAGGAAACUUCAGGACAACAGGUCCUCAAUGAUGGCCUCCAGAGCUUCAUCAGCCGAAAGGACAUUGAACACAUCAUUGCUAAAAACCAGAUGCUCAAGGGAAAGAUCGAUUUGAAAUUUGAGAAGAAGAUGCAGCAGCACAUGGCUGAGGUCCUUAAAAAACAGCAGAAGAUUAGGGCUGCUGAGCUCAAAAAGAAGAGGAAGUUGGAGGAAAAGACCAGGAAAGAACUGGAGAAAGUACACAAGGCCGAGCUGAAGGAAAAGCAAAAAAAGGAAGCUAAGGAGAAAAAUGAGGCCAAAAAACUUGAGAAGAAAAGAGCAAAAGAGGAGAGGGCCAGGACCAGCCAGCCCAGAUUCUGUUGCUGGAGAUCGUCCAGAGCAGAGGAAGAUGCCUAACUCAAGGCAGGCAGUUUAGGGGCAGCUGUGGCCUACUGGUUAGGGCUUUGGGCUUGGAACUGAAGGGUUGCCGGUUCGAUCCCCGACCAGUAGAAAAAGUGUGGGAAGGGGAAGGGGAAUGGGUUGAGCACUGCUCACAUCCGCGGCUGAAGUGUACUUGAACAAGGCACCUAACCCCCUCACUGCUCCCCGAGUGGCAAGCACCCUGCCCUGCUCCGAGUUAGUGUGUGCAUCACCUCACUCUGUGUUCACUCUGUGCUCUGUCUGCCUCACUUAUCAAUAAUAUUGAUAAUAAAUCAUAA